AUGGUUUUCCUUUUGAUUUUGUUUGUGAAGGAAUUUGUGGAAAUGGAGAGAUAGAUAAAGCUGAACAAUGUGAUGAUGGAAAUAUUUAUCCAUUUGAUGGAUGUUUUAAUUGUUAGUAUUCAUGUGUUGAAGGUUGUUCUAAUUGUAUCUAGGGCAUUUGUUUUGAAUGUGAAAAAGGAUGGACAUUCUAUGAAUUUACAUGUACUGAGGAUUUCAAUAUAAAUACUGAAGAUCAAAAUCAUAUUGAAUAGUAGUAAUAAUGUUUAAACAAUUGUAAAUUAUGUAUAAAUAGGAUGUGUUAAGAAUGUGAUAUUGGAUUCUAUUUAAUAAACAAUAAAUGUCAAACUAUUUGUGGAGAUGGAAUAAGGGUUGGAGAUGAAGUGUGUGAAUUAGAGUAAUAGGGUUGUCAAAAUUGUUAAUUUAUUUGCUCUAAGAAUUGUGAUGUUUGCAUUGAAGGUGAAUGUCAUUAAUGUAUUAUUGGAUAUACAUUUGAUUAUAUUGAGCAAUAUUAUUAACCUAUUUGUGGAAAUGGUGUUGUAUCUAAUGAUGAAGAAUGUGAUGAUUUUAAUAAAGAAAAUGGUGAUGGAUGUUCUAGUUAAUGUAAAAUUGAAUAGAAUUAUAUUUGCAAGAAUUAUCAAAACUCAUUUUCAGAAUGUAAUUAUGAAAAAUAUCCUUCAUUUUAGCUUUCAUUAAAAAAUUCAUAUGAUCAAUAUUAAUACGUAUCUAUUUAUUUUGAUUAAAUGGUUAAAAAAAAGAGUUAGAAUGUUUUUUCAACAAUGA